GAGGUACCGCCGAGGAAUCUAGGCAUUCUGCAAUUGGGAAUGCAUUUGGUUUUUCUCCAUACCCAACUGAGACAUCUCCUCCAAAGCUUGAAGCCCACGCCUCAAGUUAACGUCAUGGGCCAAGGGAUGGGGGGAUCGGCAUCCCCAUCGAGGUGAGACAUUGACUUGCUCGCAUGGCUCCUAUUUCAUUCGCACGUCCUGCAUUCCAGUACAUGGAAUCUUCAACUCCAGAUCGGUAUUUAUUCCAAUGCCUCGAGGGGAUCGGCGGACGCGCUCUGCAACCCUUAAGAGCUCGCCGCCGCCCACUCGUCUCCGUCACUGUCACUCGAAAACACCAUCCCCGAACAUAGACCGGCCUAAACGAUCAAGAUGUCAAGGCCAAACCUCAACUCCGCACUCCUCGUGCUCCUCCUCCUGUCAGCCGCAACUAGCGCCCUGCCGGCAGCACGCAGCAGCAGUCGCAAUGGAGAUGGAGACAAGAACACCCCCCAGAGGCUGGAACUACCCCAGAGCGACGAGCAGCCCCUCUACAUGCGCCUCGACGACGUCCUCGAGCGCCCCGGCACCGACCCGACCGUGGUCGUCGUGAGCCAGGGACGCAUCAUCCGGGGCGGCGACAGCAGCAACGACAACAAGAACAAUAACACCCCCAACGCCCUAGCGAGGAUCCUCUCGGCCCCGCUACAGCUCGUCCGCGACGUCUUCCGGGGAGGAGAUCGGGACCAGGACCAGGACCGCCACGAGGAGGCUACGGCCGCGGCAGCGGCGGCAGUGGAGCUGAGGCGGCGCGUAGACGACAGGGGCGAACUCGGGGGUAGAGAACACCACCACGACCACCAGCACCACCGCCGCCACCCUCUUCCUCAUCCGCCAGUCCGUGAUGGGUCCGGCGCGACGACGACGACGCGCCGGCUGCUGGAGAGGCGCGGGAAGAUCCACCUGUACGGGUAUAGGUACCCCGACCCCGAGGUCGAGGGGGAGGGGAAGGGGAUGAAGGGGGCGCAGGGGGGCGUGGUGGCGGGGACGCGGUGGCAGGAUUAGUUUUUUUGCGCUGGGGGCGGCGCGGUGCGGAGCGGGAGGGGAUGGGAGGCCUUGCGUGGUUGGGGCUUCUUGUUUUUGUUGCAGCGAUUGGAUAUGGUGCUCGGCGUUGUUGGGGAUAAGGGGGGCGGCAUUCUGGGGAGGUAUCAUCGGGCCCUGAAUUAUCGCCACAGUUGGCGAGUUAGAUGGGUUGUAGGGGUUACUACUAUACAGCUUAAUCCACGGCUUCUCUUUUGUGCUUUUGACACCACGCCGAGCUUCGAGGGUAGAAUCCGUACGGUUGUCGCGAAUAUAAUGGCCGGUCGCAGUGUCGAU